AAUCAACUUUUGCUGUAUUUACAUGCCUUCCGCGUUUUUUAUAAUCUUUGAAAUGGAUUUGUUUUCCCCGCGAAAAGUACUUAUUUUGAGUGUCGUGUAUUCAGUGUAUUGAAAUGUAAUUUUUUUGGUUGUAAUGGCAUUUCAAUGCGAUGCGGAAUCCGGAGUUCAGUUUCUAUCCAGAUGUGGUGCCAAUUUGAGCCUUAAAGGGAUAGAUACGGUGAUAUUUGAAACUGGCCCCGAAUUAAAUGAUGUGAUUGAAAUUACUGGCGAUCCAUCGUGUGGAAAGACGUUACUUGUGACGAAGUUUUUAGUGAAAUGCGUAUUACCGAAAGAAUGGGGAAAAUUCCAUAUUGGCGGGCUGAAUGUUGGGGCUAUAUUGAUGGAUACAGACCAUCACUUUCAUUUGCUAAAACUUGUAAAUUUGAUGGAGCUACAUCUUAUGAAAUGUAGGACACAUAGUGAAGAUGUUGAGGACAACAAAACAGUGUUAGAUUCGGCGACGGUGGAGAAAAUAAUCAAGGAAUCUCUAAGAAAACUUAUAAUUCUUAAAUGCUACGACAGUGCACAGUAUCAAAUUACAUUGCAUUCUUUAGAAAGGCUGUUAAGCGUCAACCGAUAUGUUAGUCUGCUGGUGCUAGAUAGCAUAACGGCGUACUAUUGGCAGGAUGUAGCCCAAGGUGGCGUUCGUAAAAUGGAUCUUUACGUGAAGAAAAUGCUUCAGACGAUAAAGGAGUGCCUAAUGGAGUAUAAACUAGUGCUAAUGUAUACCAAGCAAACAUAUUUCCAAUCAACAAAAUCUUCCACAGACGGUCAUGAUGAUAAGACCACACCUACAUACAGAAUUCAUCUCCAGCAGUGUCAGGGCCAAUUGAAUAAUAAUCUGUUCUAUGCACAGAUUAGUGGACAAGGCAAAACUAAAUGUAUUUUGUAUAAAAUUGAUAACAGUGGUUUAAUAUGGAAUCCUUAAAGCAGCCAUAGUCUUAUAUUAAAGUUGAGUUCUGAUACCAUCAAUUUACUAUUCUUCGUUUGCUAUUUGUUAGAAUAUAUUCAGCCAUGUUUUUUUUUACAGUGUAUCAAGUGUGAAUUAUCUGUAUUAUGUGUUAUAGUUAGUUUAUGAAUGAAAUUUAAUUUCACAUCGUGAGUACUUCUUUUAUUAUGAUCUUGAAAGACCUCGGAUUGUUAAUUUUGAUAGCCAACACUUGGAAGAAUUUAUUUUUCUGUUUUAAGCAUAAUUUUUGUGAUAGUUGCACUAUGGGAGGAAGGGAAAAAAACGUUUCUUUUCGAAGUAUAGUUUUUGUAGGAGAGUAGAAAAUUUAAAGUUCUAAGGGAUGAAGCAGAAAGGAUGAGUCAUUUCUGGGAAAAAUUGUAGAAACAUUCUGGCAAUGGUAGGCCCUAAUUGGGUAAUAUGUAAGAAAGCAAUCUGAAUCCUUAAAGAUCAAAUUUUGAUGCCAUGAAAUUAGUUGAUGUGGAAGAUAAUGGUGGUAGAUAUGCAGGAAGAGCUUCUAGAGGAAGAUUACAUUUUAAUAAUAUUUCAACAAGCUGCUAGAUAUUGUGGAAUUCAAAGAACAAGGGAGUAGCCAGGAAUAUGUAGCAGAUGGACAGGUUAGUGAAAGAGAGGUACUGUUGGAAUGACUCAAAUACAUGUUGUGGGCAAAGUCGCCGUUUGUGAUAUUGUAAAAUGCUUACAUUGGCAAAUAUAAACAAUUAGACCAGUACAGCUAUGAUGCAGUGACACAUUCCAUUAGUACACUAUUUGUUAGUACAUACUGUUAUACAUAAUUAAAGAGUUUUGACAAAAGCUUUGUGGCUGUUGUACUAGUAUGGCGCAAACAAUCUACUGUUAGUAUGAAGUACCAUAUGACACACGAAAUUUUCAUUGUUGUGAGUAGUAUAUUUUGCUCUGUGGUAAUUUGGAUGUUAUCUAUCCUCUUUUCCUCUCUCUUGCUCCUGCUGUGCUUUUAAGGAUUUCUUAAUUUCUGAGUCAGUGGAUAUAAUGGCAUAAAAUGCUCCUGCGUAAGAAGUAUUUACGUUGUAGUUAGUGCCAGAGAGUUCCCAUGCAAUUCUUGAUGCAAGUGUACAUGGUAAGGAUGGAAUCGGUAACAUGUAAGAAUAUGAUGUACUCUGGUUUUAGGAAUGCUAAUCUUGUGUUCAAGCUGUCGUGUGCUCACAUGUGGAUUCAUAGCAAUGGAAGCAGUAACUUCGGCAGCUUUGUCUGUGCGAGUGCUACGACGAUUGCGUUGUCGUGGGUUGAAACUUCCCGUUUCCUGAAGCUUCAUAACAAGACGAGAAAACAUCCGUCGGGAAGGUGUCACCUUCAUGCUUUUCACACCAUGCUGCAUUACUGCUCACGUUUUGUUUAUUAACAUAUGGCCUUCAGCAAGUACAAUGUCAUAGUUACCCAGAAGGAGAGAUGGUUUUAGGAACCAGAAGAAUAACAAAACAUAUUCAUGUCCUAGAUCUCUACAUUUUAAUUCACCCUGGUGAUGAAUAAUGAUAUCUCAAAGUGGUGAAGCAGACCUGAAAAGCAUCUACCAAGACUGGUUGCAGCAUGAAGUAUCUUACUUAUCCUAGUAAUAAGCUCACCUAGGGAAUGGUGCUUUAUUAAAACUGGCGUAUUAUUAACACAUCAUGGCAGACAAUUAAAUCCAGAACACUGAUCAGAGUGAUCUACUGAUGAUCAACAGUAACUAUAAAUUGUCUUCUGUAUAAGCAAAUGAAAAAGUGGAAAGUUACAGCAGUAUGUAUUUAAUGUUCUUAGGAUGUUUUCCUUAUAAAGGCAGUAGUCUUCUGAAUUUCAGGGACAGUAUUCAGUAAUGUGUACAUAGUUUUUUCUGUUACUGAUAGGCAGAAUAAGGUUGCCUUUUAGAAAUGAGUUGUUUUUUUUUUUCUGUGAAUAUACUGAAAUAUCAAAUUAUUUUCCACAUGCUGUAUGAAGUUAACUGUGUCAUGUAAACUUUCUUGGAGACAUUGCUUUUGUAUACUCCAUUUUGGAUAUUCCAGUGUUUAAUUACCUAUAAAGGAUAGAUAAUCAUUAGUCGUCUAUAAUAAGUUUGUUUGAAGAACAACACACAACAGAGUUUUCUAUUUUUUGGAUAUGUAGGUGAUCUUCACUUUUCCAUUAUACAAGGAACAUGCCACACACAUUUUGAAGUUGUU